GGUGAUUCCGUAGUUACGUAAACAUCCGCCAUUCCGACUGAAAUUGAAAACUUCUAAGAUUGGUGAUUUGUCUUUUUAAAAUGGUUCGCCUGCUAGGCGAUUAGGUGCCGUAGGUUCGAAUCCUCCUCAAGAAUCAAACAGAAUGGGAAUCGAAGCAUCAGUUUUAGCUGAAAACAAAGCGGCAGAAGAAAAAAAAAAUCGUGAACUGUUUGUCAGGAAUCAACUUUCAGUCGAGGAAGAGGAGGCUCUCCAACUUACAGAGGUGGACUUUGACCUCUCAGAAAAGGAAUCUCAGUCUCAGUAUUUGAAAAUUGACCCCAAAAAGUAUGACUACUGUUUUGAAAACCUUGUGUUUGAAGGGGGCGGGAUGAAAGGUGCUGCUUACGUUGGGGCCAUAAGGUACUUAGAAGAGCUGAAACUAGAUAAACAGAUCAAACGAUAUGCUGGAACCAGUGCUGGCGCCAUGAUGGUGGCCUACCUUGCCGUGGGAUAUAGAGCUGACGAGAUAGCAGAAUUCGUAGAGCCAAGUUUUAUUUCGUCAAUCUUAAACUCGAAUCCUAUGGGAGUAUUAAAUCUGCUACCGAAUAUGCUUCGAACGUAUGGCUGGAAACCAACGACAAAGUUGUAUACCGUCAUGGGAGAACACUUCGCAGCGAAAACUGGUGAUGCUGACAUCACAUUUAAACAGUUGUACAAGAUGACAGGAAAGGAGCUGUGUAUAUGUGUAACAAAUGUAAACCAUAUGGUUGCGACGUAUUGUCACGUAAAGACCACGCCCAGUUUACCCGUCAGACAAGCUGUGUGUAUGUCCAUGUCCUUACCAGGAUAUUUCCAAGCGGUUAAAAUAACCAAUAUGGGAGAAACUGAUGUAUAUGUGGAUGGUGGUUUGCUCUGUAACUAUCCAAUACAUUGCUUCGACGGCUGGUUCCUGUCUAUGGAUCCGGAGGAUAGUUUCUUUGAAAAAUUCCAGCCACUGAGCAAUAUUUCACAUUUAUACGACAAUUCUGUUCGGUUUGGAACUGUGAAUGAAAAUACCCUCGGUUUUGAAGUGUAUUCCGAUUAUGAACAAGAUUUGAUGAAAGGAAAAUUAGAUAACCGAGCGGGAGCUUUGGCGCCGGAUAAACCAGAUGAGGAUACUAAGCUUUAUAAAAAAUACAUGACAAAGAAGCUGAAGAAGAAAAAGGCAGAAAAAAUUCAUGCGAAGGUUGUCAGAUCGGUGGAUAAUUUUCUUCGGGCUAUUAGGAAAUACAAUAUUAACCAGAAAGACAACGUUGAUCUAGAAGAAUUGAAAAAGGUAUUUGAAGAUGAUGAAAUUUUUACAGCUCAUGAUUGCAAGAUUUUAUUUGGGAAAAUUAUGACUGCUGAAGAAGCUUUUGAAGUGAUCGAUAAAGAUAACAAUGGGGAGAUUGAGUUUGACGAACUUCUAGAAUUUAUUCAGAGAACUGGUAUUUGUUUACAAAACUGCUUCCAAGGUUACUUCCGCCAAGAAGUAAAUGGGCUAGCUCAAUUUGUAUGCAGAAUUCAAGAUGCCGUUUUAUUGAAUUUGAAGCGAGUCAAUAUGAAUUAUACUGAUUUAGAUCGAACAGUGGGAAUUAAUACUGGCCACGUUAACACGAUCGACUUCAAUAUGGAGCUGGCUGAUGUUGAUUUUUUAGAGGCGAGGGGCUAUAAUGCCAUGAAGGCCUUUCUGCGGUAUCAUGUUGUUUCGAAAGGCUUAACAAAGCGGAGCAGCAAAGACAAAAAACGACGCAGUAGUAAAUCGAAAAAGCAUGAAUAACGCGUUAAACAAGAUACAAUAUUUUUAACCUAAGAGUCAUUGUAUCUAUUUGUUGGCAUCUGAUAUAUAUAUUUUUUUCGAUCGAUCGCUUUUAUCUAUGUCAGUUGAAUUAGUGGUCAUGGAGAUUAAGUUGAAUUGAGCAGACCUGAACAAAUUUAUGUUUUUUUUUUACAUUAUUUAUAAACAAUAAAGUUUCUGUCGAGGGAUAUAGCGGCAUAAGCCGUUUACAAUAUUGCUUUGCUACCUUUUAAAACCUGAUUUCGGCUAUCUCUAUCACUUUUCCGAAUUUAAAUCCAAACCACGAUGUCUUAACAUUCAAUAAAAAGGUGGUUUAGACUGAGCCGUGCUAAUAUUGCCGAUAACACGGCUCGUAUGUGACGACCGGCAAAACAUGAUUCGUUUGUGUUAAGUUACAGUCGAAAUUAGCGUCGGAUUUUAAUUCUGUAAGGUGGCGCCGGCAGCCAACAAAGCCAAUGUUUAGGCUACUCUAUAUCCUUUUGAUAUAAAAAAAAAUCAUAUCGACGAAAUGAUUU